AUGGAACACAUCAUUUCGGUUCUGGUUGAGAAUAAAUCCGGCGUGCUCGCUCGAGUGGCCGGCCUGUUCAGCGCGCGGGGUUACAACAUCGAGAGCCUGUCCGUGGCUCCGACCCCGGAUUCCAGCAUCUCCAUGAUCACGGUGGUGACCUCGGGUGACGAGGACAUCAUCGAGCAGAUCAUGAAACAGCUCAACAAGGUCAUCGAAGUUCUCAAGGUCGUCGACCUCACCGAAGAGGACCACAUCGACCGUGAAACGGCGCUGAUCAAGAUCCUGGCCAAACAGGCGCACCGGGACGAGGCCAUGCGGAUCGCGCAGAUCUUCCGCGCCAACAUCGUCGACUCCACCCCGCAGACGUACACCCUCGAGGUGUCGGGAGACGCCGGCAAGAUCCAGGCGGUCAUCAACUUGUUGAAGCCCAUGGGCAUCAAGGAGAUCGUUCGCACGGGCCGCAUCGCCAUCGCGCGGGAGUCUCUGUAA